UCCUCGCUUGUUCUUCAACUUACUCACACAACCACCCAAAAAAUAAAAAAAUAAAUUACCUGUCUUCUGCUAUUACUUGCAGCUUUCAUAUUUCUGGAAGGUCAGGGAUGACAAAGGUGUACCCAAACAGUGCAAAUGCCAAUAUUGUCCCCGCCUACGAGCCUCAGAGGCUCAACAGUUCCGGCUCCGACGACGAAACCGCGACGGUCCUCACGGUGUGGAAGAAGUCUUUGCUGCUGAACUGCAAUGGGUUCACAGUGUUCGACUCCAAGGGGAAUCUGGUCUUUAGGGUUGAUAAUUACUUGGCCGGCCAUAAGGGCGAGAUCGUCCUCAUGGACGCCGCCGGCAAGCCUCUCCUCACCAUCCGUCGCAAGCGGCUGAGCUUGGGAGACAACUGGGUGGUGUACGACGGAGAAACCACGAAGAAUCCGCGGUUCUGCGCGACCAAGCACGUGAACAUCCUCAAGAACAAGUGCUUGGCGCACGUGACCUCCGCCAACAGCCGCAAAGGUAGUGACGCGUCGAAAAAUUACGACAACAAGAACGCGGUAUUUUAUCAGAUGGAAGGGUCGUACGCGCAGCGGUGCUGCGCGGUGUACGACAGCAAGAGGAGGAGGGUGGCCGAGAUCAAGAGGAAGGAGGCGGUGGGUGGAGUAGCGUUGGGAGUCGACGUCUUCAGCCUCAUCGUGCAGCCCGAUAUGGACACGUCGGUGGCCAUGUCCCUCGUCAUCUUGCUUGACCAGAUGUACGGGACGUCAAGGCGGUAAAAGAUAAAAACUUUUCUAACUUCGUCACCCACCUUUUCCCCCUUGGUGGAUUCACAUCCCCUCCUCCUCCAUAAAUUCUCUGCUCAAAAUCUCUUUUUUUUUGUUUUUGUUUUGGGUCUGAAUCUGUCAUCUCGUCGAUCUCUUGUUGUCUCUCCAAAAUUCCCACGUACGCUUAUCGUUUUUUCCCUUCCUUUUUUCCCUUUUUUUUAAUUCCGAAAAAAUCCAUGAAGCUUUGUUUUUUCCUUUUAUAUAAAAAGCCAAGCUUCUUAAGUGGGGAUGUAAAUAUGAUUUAGAGACAACAAAGUUUUAUCGUACGCAGAUUUAUAUUUUAGUUCUAAAGAAUUUCAGCAAAAACAUAUGUAAGUGUGAAAAGUUGAUACGAUGAAUAAAUUUUUACAGCAAUUAUCUUGUUGCUGUUUUCGAUUGAAAGUUGA